ACAGCACCGGCUCCAAUAAUUCAAGCGCCUCGUGAACGCCUCAUGAAAUAGCGUGAAAUAUCGCAAUUAUUCAUUUAAAGACGAUUUGAUAAUCGUGGUUACAAAUAUGCUUGGUGCUAAAGAUCUAUUCAAAUAUAAGAGUGGCCUAGAGAAGGCACUGCCUGGAAAAGGAGGUGAAAAGGCGUUCAUGCCAGAUGGGUCAUGGUUAGAAGCAAAGUGCAUUGAAAGUUUUAACAAAGAGAGGGAAAGGGUGCUUUCUGAACCCAGAAUUGUGAGAAGUAUGGACCUUGUUAGAGGGGAGUGGAAACCAGAGGUGGGACUUCUGGAACUGGGUCAUGAAAUGAAAAACUUCUUUGAGCACAUGGGCUUUGAUGAAAAGAAAAGAAAAUGGCUGUACCCAGAAGAGGCCCUCUUUUUGUUAGAGAUUGGUGUAUUAGAGAUAUGGUAUCUAGGUUUACCAUUAAGUAUACAGGAGGCCUACUCUACACUGAUUGGUGACAAAAUACAGCUAGAGUACUAUCAGGUCUAUUCUCAUCUUCGUAGAAUUGGUUAUGUUGUGCUGAGACAUCAAGGGAGGUAUGAUUUUACUAAAUAUGAGAGGAAGAUUGGUUUAGAUAAACAUGUCUCUCGCAAGAAGAAAAAGAACAGAGAAAAACAAAAUGAAAAUAAAAACAACAACAACCAGUCUAUGGAUGUCGAUGGGGCAGGAGAUGUUACUAAAAAUACAGAUUGUAGACAGACUGUGUCAAGCAGUAUACAAGGAAAGUCAUCUGCUAUUUCAGGGAAUGAAUUUGGCAGCCAGUCAAAGAGACAAAUAACCAAAGACCAGUCUGAUUGUAGAACAAACAACAAAGAUGAGCAAAUUGGUGGAAACUGUAAAAAUAAAGAUGAAAGUGUAUGGUUUGAGAGGGAUGUAUCUUGUUUGAAGCAUUUAAGUGAAAAUAUAAAAACUCCCAAAUCUUCCAAUUUAGGAAUCAAUGACGUAAAUCAGGAAGGACUAUGUAAUGAAAUGCCAGGGAAUAAAGAUAAUGAAGUUGAAGAGACAAAGCAAUCAAGGUCAAAUUUUGACGACAUUGAAUUCCCCAACUUUAAGAGUUCGAGUGAAAGAGUGUUAGUUCAUAGUCCAAAUGUUAAAUAUAUACCACAAGGACCUGAUGUCAGCUUUAGUGAAACUCAGUAUAGUUUUGAUAAGAAACUGUACAUUAAUACAAAGAAGAUAAAAAGAAAACAGCAGAUUUUAGAUGAAGCUCUCGUACAAGAGCUAGAUUUCUCGUAUCCGGAAAUAAUGACCAGUUGGUACAAAGUCAAGAAGUCAUGUACAAACUGGCAACAGUACAAGAUGGCCGUACAAAAGGAGAAAUCAUCAUGGGAUAGGAAAUCAGUAUUUCCUCAUCUGUAUGGAGACAAAGUGAAACCACUUGUAAAACCUGAAAACUCAAGAUCAACUUACGCUGUAUUAGAACAGUUGAGUGUAAUUAAAGAUGAUGGGCUUAAGAAGCAAACAAAUAUCUACUAUUAUAUUUACAGAUGUGAUACUGUACCAGACAAUCUACCUCAGUUUGAUGUAUAUGCUCCUAAUUCUAGUUUUAAGAAAACUAGACCAGGUAUUCCGGACUUUAGAGUUAAAGUUGUGAGACCAAGUGAUCCAGUACCAGGCCUUAAAGAUGUCAACUCUAUCAUGAGUUAUUUAAAUGAUGACUCAUUGCUACAUUGGGCAAUAGUUGAUUGUGGCAAUAUAAUUUUCUACAACAUGGCCGACAUGCCACUUCCUCGAGACAUCUCUCUGGGCUGAUGUACUGUUGGGCUUAAAUAUGGCCGACCUAUCAGUUCCUUGGGAUAUCUUUCUGGGCUCAUGCAUUGUCAGAGAUAAAAAUGGCCAACCAGCUACUUACUCCGGACAUCUCUCUGGGCUGAUGAACUGUUAGAGAUAAAAAUGGCCUACCUACCACUUUCUCAAGAUAUGUAUCUGGGCUGAUGAAAUGUUGGAGAUAAAAUUGGCCAACCUACCAGUUUCUCUGGGCAGAUGAACUGUUGGAGAUAAAAAAAAAGGCCAACCUACCACUUCUUCGGGAUAUGUAUCUGGGCUGAUGAACUGUUAGAGACUUGCCAGUUCCUUCAGACAUCUCUCUUUGCUGAUGAACUGUUAGAGAUAAAAAUGGCUGAGACUGUUGGAGAUGAAACUGAAGUGAGUCUAAAAAAAUGUCUUGGAGCACCACACUAAAUACCAUAGUCUGGUAUAUACUGGACAAGCUGCUUGCAUGAUCUAAAAAUGCACUUCUGAUUCAUCUCUUCACACUGAUUUAUAUACAAUCAUGAAUGAAAAAUGUAACAGUUUGCGAUAUAAAUGAUAUCUUUCUACAUGGUGAUCAUGAUUUCUGCAAGCGUCUUAAGGAAUGCUCCAACACUGUAGUGAUUUAAAUCCAUAAAAAUGGCUGACCCAUCACUUCCUCAGGACAUUUCUCUGGGAUGAUAAAUGCAUAUCUGCUGAAAAUGUGUUAGUGAUUUAGAUUUUCCCAACAUUUUGGACAGAAACCUUCUAUAUAUUACACAUACUUUGAAACAUAGAUUAGUUUUUUUAACCUACAUACCUAAUUCUAAAUUUGAGAGUACAUAACCCAGCCUGAAGUAUGAUAUGUUUGUGCAUUAUUUUUUGAUAAUCAAGUUUUCAAAGACCUGUUGUUAUUCUGCUUUCAGAUGCUAAAUGCUAAAAAUAGUCAAGCUUGCUGUCUUAAAGGAAACUGCUACAAAAAUAUGAAAAGAUUAAAAUCAAGUUUAAGGUUAAUUAUUAUUAUAUCAUAAAAAAAAUUAGCGUAUUAUCUAGAUGACAUUUCGUCACCUUAGUGCAAUAACUGAUUAACUCCUAUUAAGUUUAGAAGGACUUAUUCUGUUACAGUAACUGCACUACUACUUUUCAAAAAUGUAUGAGACGAUAGUUAUGCACAUCUUACAGUUUUCUGUGUGUUUUUUUCAUGAAAUUGAACAUUUUUGACAUUUGACGACACUGCUUUUGCAAGUCUUGACUGUUAAACAAAAGGCAUUGAAAACCAUUUGUAAUAAGUUCUAUGUUUGUAAUCUAUUAUUGAUUUGAUAAAUUUUCAUUUCAGAGUUUUUAAGUUUUUUUAUGCUUUUCAUUUUGAUUUAGGAGUCUAGAAGUUUAUAAAGCAAGCUUGUGGAAGCAAGGUUUUUAUGGAUGUAUUUGAAAAGACAUGGAAUCUUUCCAAGAAAAUGAAAACAAAAAAACAAGAACAGCUAAAUCUGCACUGUAUUGACUGUUUUUAUAUUAAGAAAUAUUAAGAAAUAAGUAUUUGCUGUAAAAUUUAUAUUACACUGACAAUAAGCAAGGUUAUGUGAUAAAGAUGUGACAUGUAUAUUAUUUGCCAUGUUGUAGUGUUGCCAUCCAAACAUAUGUUACUUUAUAUGUUUUGUUUAAUUUAUUAUGUAAUUUUUGAUGAGGACAUUAAAGUCAAAACUAGUUAAUCAUGUGUUGUCCAUAUAUUAGAACUACACUUAAGUAUAAAGGUUCAUAGAACAAAAAAGCUUUAAAAUGCAUGUAACAAUAUUUUGUGCAAGGCGAGACAUAGG